ACUUUGGAGAGAAUGUCUGACUUGGAUGAUGAGAUCACGAGGAUUUUUAAGGUGCGUCGCACGGUGCUUCAGAUGCUGAGGGAUCGAGGUUACACUAUAGAAGAUUCUGAUUUGAACUUGAAACGAGAAGAGUUUGUUCAAAAGUUUUGUAAAUCUAUGAACAGAGUCAAUAAGGAAGCUCUUUUCGUCGCAGCCAAUAAGGGGCCAAAUCCAGCCGACAAGAUAUACGUAUUCUACCCGGAAGGUCCUAAGGUGGGAGUGCCAGUGAUUAAAAAGGAAGUGGCUCUUAAGAUGAGAGACGAUAAAGUUCCUCGAGGGAUCAUAGUUGUUCCAAUGCCCAUAACUGGUCCGGCCAGAAUGGCCGUAUUAGAGCUCAACAAGAUUCUAACAAUUGAAGUCUUUGAGGAGGCCGAAUUGGUGACCAACAUCACUGAGCAUAAACUCAUCAACAAGUACUAUGUGCUCGACGAUCAAGCCAAGAAGGAACUACUCAAAAAAUACACAGUGCAAGACACACAGUUGCCUCGCAUCCUCAUCUCUGAUCCUCUAGCCAGAUACUAUGGACUUAAGCGAGGACAAAUUGUCAAGAUCAGACGAAGCGAUGUUACUUCUCUGGACUAUUAUACCUACCGAUAUGCUGUUUGAUUCAUAUCGUUUCUUUUGUUUUGCAUUUUACACACUUUUGCUUCUUCAUUGUUUUGAAUACUAAUAAACUCAAAUUGGAGGCUUUACAAAACAUAAAAGAGACCUCUUCACAAGUCAAAGGAAGUCCCUCUUUUCAGACA